AUGAGCGACUGGAUGCACGUCGCUAUGCGAACCAUCAAGGACGAAGCCAAACGAAAUGCUUCAAUGUGGCUGGAAGGUGUUCGAGCGGCGUCUCUGUCUAUUGGUGAAGCAGCUAUUCAUCGACUGGAGAACCAAAUCAGCGAGCAAUAUUACGAACAAGAUGUUUUAGAGAAGAGCGGUCAUGCUCCUGUGCUUGGGAGAUCAAGUAGCAAUGACAACGUUCCCACCAGUCCUCGAGCCUCGCUGAGUCCAGCCAACUCGGGGAGAUCUCUAGUGAGCGAAGAUUCGUUCAAGCUUCCGUCGAUCCGAGUCUUCAAUUCCGACGCUGAUACUUUACGCGAACGCAGUAAUAUUCACUCAAACUACAUGAAAACAGCUCUAGCACAAUUGUCGCCGAUGCUGAGAAUCCUGCACGUCUUCCGCGUCAUGAGUCAAGUGCCUGAACUGGCUGCGUUCUACAAUGCCAACCGCUUGCCUCAACUGCAGCUGACGUCGUUUAUGAGAGGUGCAGUUACUGCGAUCACACCGGAGAAGUUUGUAGCUCAGCACGAAGAGCUGUUCAAGAAGUUGACAGGGUCUUUUUGUCUUGAGCACUUGUUGUGGCGAUAUUCCGAUGCGGCCUUGUUGUCCAAGAAGGAAAUCAAUGGGAUUUUCCAUCUCGUGAUGCAGAGUUUGUGUGGAAUUGUGUCGACCUCCGUCUUGAGCAUCAACGUGCCGACUACCAUUCUCGACAUCAAGCUUAGAGCGAUCAUGUGUGCACGAACGCUGAGCGAUGAAGUGCACGAGUACAACUCGACGCUGAUGUUUGAUACUUUUCGGCGUUUGGGGGCGCAUUUCCGAAGCGCAAUUAUGGCAGAUACGAAGAAAAAACUUCAAGAAUUUAUGUUCAGCGAUACAUUCGCGCGCGUCCAAGUCUCUUCUGAACAGCUUCGAGCGACUUUGCGAUGCUGUGGACUGGAGAAGGAAGAAGGACGCUUGUUGAAAAAUAUCGACCUUACAGCAGAUCCAGUUGUGCUGCCGUUUACAAGCGUUGUCGUCAAGAGCUGCACGAGUAUUGAAGCGCUGGUCCAGAUGAUGUUCGACUAUGAGCGUUAUUUGAACAUCGACGACUGGGGCGAGUGGGUGCGAGAUGACACGAUCGAGGCGCUGACGUUUCUGAACGACACGUUAAACCAAGUGAUCGAUCAACACACAGAUCUCCAAGUUUCGACGGCUGUUAUGAUGGGCACGAACGCGUCGUUCUUGGCUUGCGCCUGUGAUCGCUUUGAAGAACACGUCAAGGUGCAGACGGAAGCCUGGGAAGCACGGACGUAUGGCUACAGUGUCAGCAACACGCUUCGUGGAGCGAACACUCAACUGGUGAAGCCUUGCUCCAGUCGACUGCUGUUGAGUAAGGCUGCAGCUAAGAAGAAAUUCGAUAGCACAACCACGAGAGCGCAAGAUAUGGUCUGCGAACUGAUGUUGAAGAAGAUUGACGAGCUGCUCUCGAGUUUCUACUAUCUCAACUGGACUCCAAGCACUGUUCUGACACAACCAGACCCUUCCAUGUGGGAUCUCAUCAACUAUCUCAAAGUAACAUUUGCACAACUGGGUCAACUGCCCCCAGCAGUCCAAGAAGCUGUGCACUUUGCGUCGUGCAGCUAUCUGGCCAAGUCGCUGGAGCAGAUUUUGAGUGGAUCAACUGUCAAGAAGCUCAAUAUGGAGGGGAUUGCCAACUUCAAACGCAAUCUAGACGUGCUACUCGACUUCAUUGAAUUCCUCGCGGUUGGUGGAGCCUAA